AUGGAAGAUCUGAGACACAGGAAAAUCCUGUUUGAAGCAUGGUCGGUGGAGGUAAGACAAGCCCUCUUGGACCCUCAAGGAUUCCCUGAUCUCACUCCCUUGAUUCUUAAACUUCUUGAGCUAUUGAAUCGCUUUGAGGAUUGGUCUAUAAUUCAUGUAUCUGACCGGAAGAAUAGUUUAGCGACUGAUAUCGUAGAGAGCAUCACCUCUGACUUUUGUACGCAGUUAUAUGUUGCCUCUGGAGGUCCUUGCUGGCUCCAACUGAUGUUUAACCAGGAAGCUGGAAACCUUUGA